AUGGAAUUACCUCGAGAAAUUAUUAAGUGGUUGCAGUAUUUAGACUUAUCUCAUUCUUUUAAAAACAUUAAAAGUGCUAGCAAUGGAAUUCUUAUUUCAGAAAUAAUAAACAUAUACAUGCCACAAAGUAUUAACAUGAAUAGUUUAGAAAAUGGUUUUAGCAAGGAGAUAAAAAAAAAAAAUUGGUUAAUCAUAAAAAAAAUUUUAACAAAUUUAAAUAUUUUUUUCGAUGAAGCAUCAAUAAUUAAUUCAGAUAAAAAAGAGAUAACAAAUUUGUUUAUUCAAUUAUAUGAAUAUUUUAAUCAAAAAAAGCAUCAAAAAGAACAACUUUGUGUAAAAGAAGGAAAUAACGAAUUGCAAAUUCCAUCCUUUGCUAGAUCUACGAUAACCCAGAAAGUUCGAGAAAGUAAUGUUCACGAUAUAGAAGAUGAGAAGAGAAAAAUCAUGAGCACAUAUGAAUUAAUUGAACAUGAAGAAUAUAAUAAAACGUUGAUAAAAGAAAAAGAAAGAGAAGAAAAGGAAAAUAAAAGCAGAAAUAAAAAAUCAAGUCUAAAGGACACGAAUAUAUUUAAUGAACUUGAAAAAAGUAGUAGUAUUAUAACGAUAAAUGAUGUUAGAAAUCAUGAGGACUAUACUGACAUUAAAACUCUAGACUCAUUUAUAAAAGAUAAAAAUAACAUAGAACCCUUAAAACUAAUAAAAAGCUUAAGAGAAUUAAAUGAAAAUGAAAAGAAAAAAUUGCCUAAAAAAUAUUAUGAAGAUGAAAAUAUAGAUGAUAUAAUAUUUCAUAUACUAUCAGAAAAUAUUUCUGAUUGUAAGAUUGAAAAACAAGACAUAAAUUAUUUUAUGAGUUGUAACAAGAAAAUGAAUAAUAUAUAUAGAUUUUCUAAUUUCUAUAUUUAUGAUAAUGACAAAAUAAAUAAUUUAUAUGAAAAAUUUUAUAUCAUAUGCUCUCUAAAAAAAUACGAAUUGAUAAAAAGAAUAUUAGAUCAAUUAAAACUUUUUAAUGAAAAUUUUCAAUUGAUAAUUUCUGUAAAAGCUCAUCAAUUUUUUUACAUAUGGAAACUCUUUUUUCCUGUUAUAACUAGUAUCAGAUGUGACAAUGAAAUUUUUACUCUAAUUAUGAAUUAUUUAACACAGCUUCUGAUUUAUCUAAAAAUAAGUGAUAUCACAAAUAACGAAAUUGUUUGUAAUAUAAUAUUAAGGAGCCUUUUUUUAAUUGAUAAUGAUGAAAAUAGGGAUAUUAAGUGCAUCUGUGAAUUAAUUAUUUUGUUAAUAAAUAAGGAUAUACAUAUUUUAAUAAGAAUAUUGAACAUAAUUAGAAAUACCACGUCUUUUAACUUUUUUUAUCUUUUUUUAUCAACCCUUAUAAAUAGUUCAUUAAAUUUUUUUAUAUAUAAAAAAAAUAUUAAAGAUAUUUAUCUUUAUUAUAUAUUCGUUGGACUACAUACAAAUAGAAAAAGCAUCAUAUUAUUAAGCUUAGAUAUUUUAAAUACUCUUAGUCUAUUAGAUAAUUGCCAAGAUAUAAUUCUCUUAUCCAGUUUAUUGUAUAAUAUAUUAGAACUAAAUAAUAUAAAUUAUAACAUAUUUUUAUUUGUUGUAUGUUCAAAUAUUAUUUUUAAAAUAACGGAAAAUAAGGAAGAUGAAUUUAAUACAGAGAUUAAACAGAUGAUAAAAAUUUGUUCUACAAUUUUUAAAAAUACUAAUAAUAAGCAAUUAAUAUACUUAUUCUUCUUACAUUCUCACAAAUUAAUAAAUAAUGAUGAUGAUUUUUUUGAUAUAUGUUUGACGAAAUACAGCGAAUUAAGUGACAAAGAACAGAAGAUUUUUAUUAAUGGGCAUGUUUUUGAAGAUUUAUUUAAAAAUAUCUGCAGUUAUAAAAUAAUUAAAAGAAGCUUCUCAAAUAUUUUUAACAAAAAUUUAAAUAAAUUAAAUAAAGAAAAUAAUGUUUCCAUCCUUAAUUUAUUAUUAAUAAAAGAAAAGUGGAAAAAAGAAUCAUUUUUAAGAAUUUUGAAAAAUUAUAUUAUAUAUGAUGAAAAUAAAGAUAUAUUAGGACAUUUAGAAAUAUACAAUAAUAUUUUUGAAUAUAUUAUACAUAACUUAUUUUCAGAAAACUCAAAAAAUUUCGAAUUAUCAAAAGAUAUACUAAAUUUUUUUUGGUUUUCAUCCAAUAAUGAAUUAAAAGUUCAAUCAUACGAAAUUUCCAUCAAUUAUUUAAAAAAAUUAUAUGCUUCAAAUAUGCAUAAGUUAAAUGCCCGUACACAAAAAUAUUUUUCAAAAUUAGAAAAUGGUUAUUUUAAAUAA